GAACCGUUCGGACUGAAGCGGAAUAUCAAAAACAGCUUCUCAAUGUGGACAACAGGAACGUUUGUGGAAUAGGUUUGCUGUGAAGAACAGCUCGAAAGCAGAAAAAGAGUUGUGACGGGCUGUAGGUGUGAGACUAUAAUUAAUUCAGAACCAAGGCCAGCGCCCGGGUUGUUGUACACGGACAGAGCGGGUCACGGUGAUGUCAAGUUAAAACAUUUUAUGAUUCUUACGUACCUUAUUUUUUGUGUCAGUUUUGAAAUAUGAUUUACUAUUACAUUAAUUUGAAACUGUCCUCGUUUCAUCUAGUUGAUACGGAUAACUUUUAAGUGGGCAUUUUAAAGACAAGAUGUACAUAUUUGGCAUGAUUCAGGAUGCCUAUUCGUCAACAUUCCUUAUCGGACAGCUCUACGUACAAGACUCAAACUUUUUGUUGGCUACAAUACAAAGUGCUGCUCAGUGACACUAAGACCAAAGCAGUGGUGCACAUGGUAUCCGAUAGGUCAGUUGUGCCAAAAUUCAAGGAAUUUUCUCAAGUUUAAUAAGCAGAGGAGUACGCCGUAUUGUGCCUGCCGAUUUGAGAGACACCAUGACAAGGAUACAACUUUGUGCACAAGAAAGUAAGACCAGGAAAAAUUUUAACGUAACGAAAUUGCCACGUUUCUAAUCAUGUGUGACUCUCUGUUAAACCGAGGAGUGGAUAAUGUAUAACGUGACCGGCUUGGAAAACGGCGAGCCAGGCAACCGACUGGCAGCUCAAGUGAUAAUAGGAUGCAUCCUCUCUCUGCUUAUUUUGUGGACUUUAAUCGGCAAUUUGAUGGUCUGCGCAGCAGUUAUUCGCUACCACCAUCUGCGAACUAAAGUGACAAAUAUUUUCAUCGUUUCUCUUGCCCUGUCUGACCUCCUGGUGGCUGUGCUCGUGAUGCCGUGGAAGGCAAUAAUGGAGGUGGCCGGCUUUUGGCCCUUUGGCGCGUUCUGUGACACUUGGGUGGCCUGCGACAUCAUGUGCUCAACUGCUUCCAUAUUAAACCUCUGCGUUAUAAGCGUGGACCGUUACUGGGCCAUCUCAAGUCCGUUCCAUUAUCAGAGAAAAAUGAGCAGAAAGGUGGCAUCCGUUAUGAUCGGUGUAACGUGGACUGUUUCAGUCGCCAUCUCAUUCAUCCCUGUACAAUUGAACUGGCAUCGGGCAGAGAUUAGCGAGCUUGCAGUAGGUUUCAACUUCACACAUAACGAAACGGUAAGAAACGUUCUCAGGGACUGUGACUUUAGCCUGAGCCGCACAUAUGCCAUCUCUUCCUCACUCGUCAGUUUCUACAUCCCAGUGGCCAUCAUGGUGAUCACAUACACACGCAUCUACCAGAUAGCCCAGGUUCAGAUCCAGAGGAUUUGCUCUCUGGAGCGUGCAGCUGAGCAUGCCCACAGUUGCCAUUUCAACUCUCAUGUUUACACAUCUCAGCUUCUGUGCACAUCGCGUCAGGGGCGUCCUGACAGGCCGGAUCACCAUGAACAUGUCCGUCAUCACUACCCCAAUCCCCACCGCGCACUCAGGGUCUCCAUCAGGAAGGAGACCAAAGUUCUCAAAACUCUCAGCAUCAUUAUGGGCGUCUUUGUCUUCUGCUGGUUCCCCUUCUUCUUCCUGAACUGCGCCGCCCCCUUCUGCUCCAGUCCGGAGUCCCCCAAUGGCACUAAGGGACCGUACUGCGUCAGCGACACCACUUUCGAUGUGUUUGUGUGGUUUGGCUGGAGCAACUCCUCCCUGAACCCCGUCAUAUAUGCUUUCAACACGGAAUUCAGGGAGGCUUUCCUGCGCUUGUUGAACUGCCGUCAAGACUACCCGGGCGGCAUGAGCACCCCUGGAGGCAGCAAAGAGGCCGGGUUCCACAAGCACGAAAGCUCGCCAAACCACGCCCAGACAGGGGUUGCAUGUGACGUCAGCUCCAACAGGGUCAGGGGCAGUCAAGACAGCGGGGUCACAAUGAUUAUGACCUUACCACAGUUUGACCCAGGAACGGUGGGCUUGCAGAUGUGCAGCACUGAGCAUUGCGAGACUGAGUGACCGAUAGAGAGACCAAACGACCCCCAAUACAUCAACUACCAACUCAGGAAAUCUGCCUCUUAACUGUAUUUUGUCCAACCACAGUGAAGAGCUUUCUAGGUUGGCUUUAUUGCUAUAAAGAUCAGUCUUUCCUAAAGAUAUACGGCGGACAAGAUUUACUCUGAGCUGUGCAGGUUGGUUGUUGUAUUUUUUAAUCCAGAAUUUUAGGAAACAAGGUAAUCUAGCUAGUCAUAGUCUUUAUUGUGUUAGGGGAAAUGGACCUUCAUUUUUCUCAGAAUGUCAAGGAUUAUAUUCCCACGUCCAUAUUUUCCAAUGGUUGCUGGCGCGCGCAUGAAUGCGAGUUCCCUGUCCAUCCCCCUCCUCUCCUCCCUCUCUCAUGCAAGUCCUCGCAGCCAUUAAUAAUUUGCUUGCUUUUUCAUGACCCCGGAUCGCUCGACCUGGUUUUCAGGCUCAUGGGGGACUGGAGCGAGCGAGUAUGCAAGACAGCAUGCUCUCUGAGUCUCGAUCACAUGGGCCUAAUGCAUUUACAAUCACCGGGCAGAGAGCAUGAAGUACCACCGAUUCACAGCAGUACCGUGCACAGCAUGCAUUUCUGCAGUCCCGCUUGAAUGCAUGUUUUACAGUAAUACACGUGUGAGUGUGAGGGAGGGGAGACUUUAGUGUUGGCUGAAAGCCUUUAUUAUCACGCAACCGUGUUCACAAGACUUCAUUGUGGGGAAGUCUUGAUGCUGAUUAAUGAGAAAAA